AUGAAAGCCUCUGGAAGUCCCUGGUUCCUGAUGGAGAUUCCUCCAGGCAUUAGCAUGAGCGCCAGCCCGCGGUGCCCCCACGAAGACAGCAGUGCUGAUGAAUACGGUGCAGACAGCAGUGCUGAUAAAUACGGUGCAGGCAGCAGUGCUGAUGAAUACGGUGCAGACAGCAGUGCUGAUGAAUAUGGUGCAGACAGCAGUGCUGAUAAAUAUGGUGCAGACAGCAGUGCUGAUGAAUACGGUGCAGGCAGCAGUGUUGAUGAAUACGGUGCAGACAGCAGUGCUGAUAAAUACGGUGCAGACAGCAGGGCUGAUAAAUACGGUGCAGAUAGCAGUGCUGAUGAAUAUGGUGCAGACAGCAGUGCUGAUAAAUGCGGUGCAGACAGCAGUGCUGAUGAAUACGGUGCAGGCAGCAGUGCUGAUAAAUAUGGUGCAGACAGCAGUGCUGAUAAAUACGGUGCAGACAGCAGUGCUGAUAAAUAUGGUGCAGACAGCAGUGCUGAUGAAUACGGUGCAGGCAGCAGUGCUGAUAAAUAUGGUGCAGACAGCAGUGCUGAUAAAUAUGGUGCAGACAGCAAUGCUGAUAAAUACGGUGCAGACAGCAGUGCUGAUGAAUACGGUGCAGGCAGCAGUGCUGAUAAAUAUGGUGCAGACAGCAGUGCUGAUAAAUACGGUGCAGACAGCAGUGCUGAUGAAUACGGUGCAGACAGCAGUGCUGAUAAAUAUGGUGCAGACAGCAGUGCUGAUAAAUAUGGUGCAUACAGCAGUGCUGAUGAAUACGGCGCAGACAGCAGUGCUGAUAAAUACGGUGCAGACAGCAGUGCUGAUAAAUACGGUGCAGACAGCAGUGCUGAUAAAUACGGUGCAGACAGCAGUGCUGAUGAAUACGGUGCAGACAGCAGUGCUGAUAAAUACGGUGCAGACAGCAGUGCUGAUGAAUACGGUGCAGACAGCAGUGCUGAUGAAUACGGUGCAGACAGCAGUGCUGAUGAAUACGGUGCAGACAGCAGUGCUGAUGAAUACGGUGCAGGCAGAGCAGAGGUUGAGUCCCACCAAUAG